AUGGUAGAUGCGUCUGGAGCGACGUUAAUUGCGUCCGAGAACCCUCUGGCUGUGGGAAAGAACGUGACUCUCUCUUUGGUUCCUGAGAUGAGUCUUGAAGAGGGGGACGUGUUGUUUGAAACCACGACCAUUGUGUUUUGGUAUCCAGGGAGAGUCAGAAUACUAAACUUUGACAAAGACCGACUGUCAUACAACUCCACGACCUCUCAGCUCCACAUCCGCUCCGUCACACUCAACGACUCCGGACUCUACACACUGCAGGGAAUCGUCCCGUCCCUACACACACACCUGAGAUUAUCUGUCCAAGAGCCAAUCAGCAACGUGUCUGUGAUGGUGAGUGGCACUCAUUUGGUGGAGUUUACGGACAGUGUUAUCUUCAGGUGUUCAGCGCUGGGAACACCUCAGAGAUACACCUGGUUCAAUGCCAGCUCAGAGGUCACGGCCAAGAACGGCGUCCAGCUCACUGAGAACAACAGUGUUCUCACCAUCUCCAUGGUAACCAGGUUCGACCACGGGCCUUUCAUGUGCAGGGUCUCCAACGACAUCAACGCGCAAAACAGCACCUUAAUAUUCUUCAACAUCAGCUAUGGGCCGAGUGAUCUGAAGAUGACAGUGGAACCACAGUGGCCUCUUCACAUCUCUGGUACCAACAUAACCCUGUCCUGUUCCGCCCAGUCUGUUCCACCUGCCAUGUAUUACUGGACCCUCAACGGAACCAAGAUCAACCAACACGGCCCAGUUCUUCAUCUCACAGAGAGCAGGCAGAACCAGUCAGGAGAAUACAGCUGCGUCGCCCAAAACAACAUCACCCUGAGAAACGAGACUCAGACCCACACAAUCACAGUCAUCGAUCCUGUUUGUGUCCAUGACCUCGGGGCUAUGGAUGGUGUUCCUGUGAAGAAUAUGAAUUUCUCUCUGAUGUGUCACGUGACGGGGCCUGUGGACUCUAUUCAGUGGAUGAAGAACGGCACAGACCUGUAUCCUGAUGACAGAAUCUCCCUGUCCAAUCACAACAGAACGCUGACCUUCCGACCAGUGACACGCUCUGACGAAGGCGUGUUCCGGUGUGUAGCCAUCAACGCUGUGAGCAAUAGCAGCAGCCCUGACUACACACUCACAGUCAACUAUGGGCCGAGUGAUCUGAAGAUGACAGUGGAACCACAGUGGCCUCUUCACAUCUCUGGUACCAACAUAACCCUGUCCUGUUCCGCCCAGUCUGUUCCACCUGCCAUGUAUUACUGGACCCUCAACGGAACCAAGAUCAACCAACACGGCCCAGUUCUUCAUCUCACAGAGAGCAGGCAGAACCAGUCAGGAGAUUACAGCUGCGUCGCCCAAAACAACAUCACCCUGAGAAACGAGACUCAGACCCACACAAUCACAGUCAUCGAUCCUGUUUGUGUCCAUGACCUCGGGGCUAUGGAUGGUGUUCCUGUGAAGAAUAUGAAUUUCUCUCUGAUGUGUCACGUGACGGGGCCUGUGGACUCUAUUCAGUGGAUGAAGAACGGCACAGACCUGUAUCCUGAUGACAGAAUCUCCCUGUCCAAUCACAACAGAACGCUGACCUUCCGACCAGUGACACGCUCUGACGAAGGCGUGUUCCGGUGUGUAGCCAUCAACGCUGUGAGCAAUAGCAGCAGCCCUGACUACACACUCACAGUCAACUGUGAGUAA